GCCAUGAGAGAUGGGUGCUUCGUGGACCACUUUUCUUCAUAAAAAUCGAGAGAUGGCGUCCUGCACCCCGUGAAUAAUCAAAAAUGAUCAUAAAGAAUUGAUGAAGAGAUCACUCUACCGUAAUGUAUCAUUAUGCUACGACCCCUCAAUUGAACAUCCUCCAACUUCCGCCUCUGCGUGUCCAACGCUAGGAGACAGGGAGAGAAGGGCGAUGGCUGCCGGUGGAGGAUGCGGGGAGACUGUGGAUCAGUACCGGGCGAAGGUGGAGCGGCUUACCCAGGAACUUGCGGAAGCGAACAGAGAGAAGAUAAGGGCGGCAGAAUGCGGUCUUGUUGUGUUGGAUGAGAACCAGACUCUAAAGCACCAGUAUGCCGAUCUGGAAUCGGAACAGGAGACGCUGAAGCAAGAGUUGGAACAAUUACAAGAGGCGUUUGGCCAGGCAUACUCCAACCAGCGUAAGGUCGCGGAGGAUGGCGAGAUCAACGAGGAGUCGCUGCUGCAGGAGUCAGCGUCAAAGGAGGCCUUCUACAUGGGCCAGCUGCUGGAGCUGCAGACGGAUCUGAAGCUGAGCCGCUCCGUGGCGUCCAACGCGUCCAACGAGAGCGAGAGGCUCAACGCCGUGCUUCAGGAGCACAAAGAGAGUAAUGAGAUGCUGGAGCUGCAGGGGAGCAGGAUGAGAGAGGAAAUCAGGGAGUAUAAAUUCAGAGAUGCGCGACUCCUACAGGAUUACACUGAGCUGGAGGAGGAGAACAUCACCCUGCAAAAACUAGUCUCCACCCUCAAACAGAACCAGGUGGAGUAUGAGGGUCUGAAGCAUGAGAUCAAGGUUCUGGAGGAGGAGACGGUGCUGCUGAACAGCCAGCUGGAGGAUGCUGUGCGUCUGAAGGACAUCUCUCAGUCCCAGCUGGAGGAGGCUCUGGACGCCCUGAAAAUUGAGAGGGAGCAGAAGAACAGCCUGAGGAAGGAGCUAGCCCACCACAUCACCCUCAGCGACAGUGUGUAUGGUGCCGGAGCCCACCUGGCUCUCACCGCCACUGUUGACGGGCUCAAAUUUGCCACCGAAGAGGUCGGGAGUAAUGGUACAGCCAUGCAUAAUGGAGCCAACGGGAGUGAGGAUAGCAACGGCCACUGUAAUGGGCACCUGGGAUUGGCUAAGAUGAACGGCGACUACCGGCUGCCCAGGAAGGGGGAGGGGCUGCAUGGUCCUGUGUCUGACCUCUUCAGCGAGCUCAACCUGUCUGAGAUGCAGAAAGUAAAAAAGCAGCUGUUUCAGGUGGAGCGUGAGAAGUCAAGCCUCCUGAUGAACCUGCAGGAGUCCCAGACCCAGCUGCAGCACAUGCAGAGCGCCCUGACGGAGCAACACGAGAACGUCCAACGCCUCACCGAACGCGUCAACGUCAUGAAGCACCUUCAAAGUGACAAGGAGAUGGCUGAUUCUCAGGAGUCUGAGAAGUCCAACGGGUUGCCCUCGCCCUGUCACCGCGACGACGAGGUGGACAUCCACAGGAUGGACAUCCUGGAGUGUAAGUACAAGGUGGCAGUAACCGAGGUGAUCGACCUGAAGGCGGAGCUAAAAGCCUUGAAGGAGAACUAUAACCAGUGUGUGGAGGGCCAGGGGGAGGAGCGGAGCAGCAACGAUGGGAAGGUCCAGGCUCUGGACGAGCAGGUCAACCGGCUGGAGCAGAGCUGCCACGAUUCCCACGAUAGGGUGGAGUGUUUGGAGGCAGAACUAAAGACGGCGACGGAUGUGGCCUCAGAGAGCCACAGCAUGCUGAACACAGCGCAGGACGAGCUGGUAACAUUCAGCGAGGAGCUGGCCCAGCUCUACCACCAUGUGUGUCUCUGCAACAAUGAGACGCCCAACCGCGUCAUGCUAGACUACUACCGCCAGAGCCGUAACACCCGCAGCGGCAGCCUCAAGGGCUCCGAGGACCCCCGGGCACUCCUCUCUCCCCGCCUGGCUAGACGCCUCGCCGCUAUCAACGCUGGGUUCACCGAGGCCCCACGGAGCCCCAUAGACUCGCCUUACAAAGAAUCCCCCAGUGGGGACAAUGGGGAAACAGGGAGGGAGUCCCCAGCACCAGGCAGCCAGGGGAGCCCAACCCGUUCCCUCAUGGGCUCCCCGGUCAUCAACGGCACCAACGGCCCUUCCUCCUCCUCCCCCGUGCCUCCCGAGGCAAGUGGAGAUCUGCGUAAGGAGCCCAUGAACAUCUACAACCUGAACGCCAUCAUCAGGGACCAGAUCAAACACCUGCAGAGAGCCGUGGACCGCUCCCUCCAACUGUCUCGACAGAGGGCAGCUGCCCGGGAGCUGGCCCCCUUGUUCGACAAGGACAAGGAGGCCUGCAUGGAGGAAAUCCUCAAGCUCAAGUCCCUCCUCAGCACCAAGAGGGAGCAGAUUGCUACGCUAAGACUGGUGCUCAAAGCCAACAAACAGACUGCAGAGGUGGCGCUGGCUAAUCUAAAGAGCAAGUAUGAGAAUGAGAAGUGCAUGGUGACAGAGACCAUGAUGAAGCUGAGGAACGAGCUGAAGGCUCUGAAGGAGGACGCUGCCACCUUCUCCUCUCUCAGGGCCAUGUUCGCCACCAGGUGUGAUGAGUACGUGACUCAGCUGGAUGAGAUGCAGAGACAGCUGGCAGCGGCGGAGGAUGAGAAGAAGACCCUGAACUCCCUGCUCCGCAUGGCCAUCCAGCAGAAGCUGGCCUUGACCCAACGCCUGGAGGACCUGGAGUUUGACCACGAACAGACCAGGGACCGCGGCCGCGGCACAAAGGUGCCCAAGAUCAAGAACAGCCCUCCCAAAUCCAUGUCCGAGUCCGAACAUUGUGACAGCCCUCCAGGAGGACCAGACACCACCCCUCUCCAGCAGCAGCAGAGGCCCCCUGGACCCACUCAACAGCCUGGUCCAGCAGCAUCAUCCCCAGGUCCCUAGGCAUCUAGCCAGUGCGCCCCUACCCAUGGGCUCAGGCCUCCUGGAGACACACAGCACCAGAGACUCCUGUCUCCCAUCUCACUCAACCUGGCAUCCCACUUCUGUGUUCCCUCAGUAAGCCCCGCCUCCACAGGCCACACUUUCUCCUGGUUGGUCGGGUUACAGAGAAGAUGAGGGUUGCGGUGCUCCUCACUGGUUGGGCUGAAAUGACGUCAGAUCCUUUCCAGAAAAGAUAGACUGGAGGACCGGACUGCAGUGCACACACCAGACUAGCAAAUAUUAUUGACUUAAACAAUGUAUUGUAUCUAUAUGAUUAUUUAUUAUCUAUUUAACUGACUUGGUUAUUUAUUGAUUUGUGUUUUGUUCAUAUUUGUGUUUUGUGAUAUCAUUUGAUUGUUGUUGGUCAUUCUUUAAAAUGAAAUUCAAAAUGAGUAUUAUUGCUGUGGUGUUUAGACUUACUAAACUAUGGCUGUUAUGUUCUCAUUGAUAUCGUCAAAAAAUAAAAACAUUUGACAUAUUUCCAAUUGAAUAUUACAAGGUUUUGGAUGGUCUACAUCCUACAAGUUUAGCAUCACAUUUUCUGUCAAUAACAAGGUUUCCUUUUGGUGAUGUGAGAUGCUUACAAACUUGCCUAACAGACCAGACAGAAUAUUAGCCAUGUAAAAGCAUCAGUUUGUAAGGAUCAUCUCUGUAAUAGCUUCUGUCUUUACAUGGUAGUGUUGAAGUACACAAUGAAUUUGAUAUCAUUGUGGAGAGACUAAUUGAAUGGAAGUGAUAUUGCAUUACAAUGGUAAUCUUUGAUGAGGUGGGUUGUCUUGAUUUUAACUACCAAUCUAACAUCACUACACUUGAGAUGCUUUUUUUAUACAAUUUUUUUGCAAGACAAAGAUAAUAUUUUUUACAUCCGUUUUUUUUUUUUUACCACAGUUACUGCUGAGGUGAUUGAUUAUGUUGUCAUGUAGGUGAAAUCGGAUUUGACAUAGACACUCUGAUACUAAAGGUAGGAGAUGAGGAGUUGACAUCUGGGUUAGUAAGCCUGGAUGUGGCCUUUAGAAUUGCACCAGUUGACUCGACCCUGAUCUGUGUGACAAGACUCCCCUCCUCAGUUUAGUUUUAACACAUUUCAGAUAACACAAUCCCCCCAUGCUGUGGACCCCUAGUAUCAUCUUUCUGUCUAAAUAAGGCAUUUGAAUUCGCUCUUCUUAAACAUGGCAUUGUUUAUGUGUCAGAGAUUGCUUGUUUAAUGUCUAACCCAAAGGAAAUUACGGUAAUCAAAUAUCAUGCUGGGGCAUGAAUGAAAUACUGUAGUUUCAAACCAAAGGUAAACUACCUUCUCCUCCAAACAUUGUUCUUUACAAGCACAAUAAGGACUUUGCAUUGAAGAAAUAACAGUGGACAUCUCGAUCCAGGCAUCUCUCUUCCGGUUAUCAGAGCCAUGUAUAGAUCUACCCUGUAUAUGGCUUUGUCGGAUAUGAUAUCAUGACACUAACCAGCAGGCUGAGAACAGGGAUGAAUACCAAAGUCUUCCAGGAUAUAGGAAGGAUUUUGUGAGUCACACGCUUACACCUUCAGAUCAAUUUGUAUAAAGCUUUGAUGAUCUGGUUAACCUAGUUGAAACAUUAAUGCAAGAAGAGCCAAGAACAAACUGUGUGUUUGUGUUGAUGAUGUAGCUAAUGUUUGAGUUGCAUGAUUCACAUCCACUGUAUCUCUUUCUCUCUUUCCUUUGAGUCGAUAGUAAUGAUUAUGUCUUAUGUUUAACUAGUCAGCUUUAUUGAAGGGGAAUCUGAACACCUAGUUCCUUAUAGAUUGGAGCCAGAUGCAUUGUGAUAGAGUUUUCUUACAGUUCUCUAGUCAUUCAUUCACAAAUGUGGGUGGAUUUAUUGAACUUAAUUGGGUUUAUUCUGGUGAGACAUGUAUACUGUAACCACAAAGGACAAUCACCCUUAGAAUCCACACAGUUAGUGCUGGUGAAAGCAUGUUUGCAACCACAUUGUUUGUAUUAUGAAACCUUGGGUGGAACAGAAGAAGAUGAAGAAGAGGAGUGAGGUUCAAAGCUAGUCUAGUGACUGGUGUCUGGAGAACAUUUUGUCUACUCCUUUGGUUGUUGCGCAAGUUCCUUCAUCAUUGGAAGAUGGCGAUACAGUACAGUGCCCUGGCGUUAGAGACACUAAUCAAUAAAGAAAAAAGGAACUAAAAGACAGCAAUAUACUGUAUUGGGUUUCUUUUUUUCUUUUUUUUUUACUCCAUUUAAAACAGUGUAAC